UAACUAUUUAAGAGCUGUGCUUUCUCUUGAAAUGUUGUGACUUCAGGCUAGUAGAGAGAACAAAGAAGAGAGAAUCACUCUGCUGCAGAAAUCAGCAUCAUCUCCACAAUGAAGACUCUGCCACUGAUUGCAUUUGUUUGUGUGGUGUUGACUCUGACUGGAGUUGAUGCAUGGCACUGCAUUAUCAAGACGUACAGAUACUGUCCUGGUUGGUCUCGGUAUAAAGGACGCUAUUUCAUGUACAUUUCUACACCCAUGACUUGGGCUACAGCUGAGAGAAAAUGUCAGUCCCUGGGUGGAAACCUUGCAUCGGUCCGUAACAUCUAUGAAUACCGUGAGAUCCAGAAGGUGAUAUGGAGACGCACUCAUGCGUAUCCAAAAGCAUGGAUUGGAGGCAGUGAUUGUCAACAGGAUGGUGUCUGGCUGUGGAACGAUGGCGCAACUUUCCGCUAUUCGAACUGGUGUCGUGGAGAGCCGAAUAAUCACAGGGGUCCACAGAGCUGCAUACAAAUGAAUUUUGGAGCUUCCAAGUGCUGGGAUGAUGUGCAGUGUCAUAUACGCCUUCCAUUUGUUUGUGCCAGGAAAAGUCGAUGAAUCCUAAAACAGAAGAAUCUGUCACAAACAUUGAUGUUUGUGUUUUCUUGCUCUUAUUUCUUAAGCUAAUCACUCUUGAGCCUCUUUAUAUUUCUUCUAUCGCUGUAACGCAACUAAAGGAAUCAAAUCAACAGAAGCUGGAUCGUCUCAGAGGUUUUGUGCCUUUUAAUAAGAACAGACUGAAUGUGUUAUGAAAAGAACGCUGUUAGCAAAACUUCCUUCUGCACAAUCAACUCAUAUUUACAGAUUUUUGCAAAAUUAAAAGCCUGAAGCAUUGAAA